AUGGCUACGUCUAUCCUCGGGGAAGAGCCGAGAUUUGGAACGACUCCCCUGGCCAUGCUGGCCGCCACCUGCAACAAGAUCGGCAACACUAGUCCCCUGACCACCCUGCCCGAGUCUAGCGCCUUCGCCAAAGGGGGCUUCCACCCGUGGAAACGCUCCACCUCCAGCUGCAACCUGGGCUCCAGCCUCUCGGGCUUCACGGUGGCCACGAGCAGGGGUUCCAACGGACUGGCCAGCGGCACGGGCACCGCCAAUAGCGCCUUUUGCCUGGCUUCCACCUCGCCCACUUCCUCGGCCUUCAGCAGCGACUACGGCGGCCUCUUCUCCAACUCGGCGGCGGCGGCGGGCGUGUCCCCGCAGGAGCCCGGCGGGCAGUCGGCCUUCAUCUCCAAAGUGCACAGCUCGGCGGCCGAGAGCCUCUACCCGCGGGUGGGCAUGGCGCACCCCUACGAGUCCUGGUACAAGUCAGGCUUCCACUCCACGCUCUCGGCGGGCGAGGUGGCCAACGGAGCGGCCUCCUCCUGGUGGGAUGUGCACACCAACCCGGGCUCCUGGCUUGAGGUGCAGAACCCGGCGGGGGGGCUGCAGAGCUCGCUGCACUCGGGCGCCCCCCAGGCCUCGUUGCACUCCCAACUGGGCACCUACAACCCCGACUUCAGCUCCCUCACCCACUCCGCCUUCAGCUCCACCGGCCUGGGCUCCACGGCCGCCUCGCACCUGCUCUCCACCAGCCAGCACCUGCUCACCCAGGAGGGCUUCAAGCCCGUGCUGCCCUCCUACACGGACUCUAGCGCGGCGGUGGCGGCGGCCAGCGCCAUGAUCUCGGGCGCCGCCGCCGCCGCCGCCGGGGGCGGCUCGGCCCGCGGCGAGAAGCGCUUCGCCUGUCCCGUCUGCAACAAGCGCUUCAUGCGCAGCGACCACCUGAGCAAACACAUCAAAACGCACAACGGGGGCGGCGGGGGCAAAAAGGGCAGCGACAGCGACACGGACGCCAGCAACCUGGAAACGCCGCGCUCCGAGUCCCCCGACCUCAUCCUGCACGAGGGGGUGGGCGCCGCCGCCCGCGGACCGGGCAAGGAACCUACCGCGGGGCCCGGCGACUCCUAG